GGGCAGGAAGCGGGAGGCCGGGGCCGGGCACCUGCCCCCAGCCGAGCCGCCCGCGGUUUCAUCACCGGCGAGCGCCGCCCCGCCUCUGCCGCGGCCCAUAAAGGUGCGGGCGGCGCGGCCGGCACCCACAGCGCUCCGCCGGCCCGCUCUGCCUCCCUCGCCGCCUCCUCUUCCUCCCGGGACGCCAGGGUGAUGGACGCCGGCUGCCUGCGGGCCCGCAGCCUGCUGCUCUCCCUCGGUUACCUAUUGCAGGCAGUCCUGGGCACAACAGUGAUCCCGUUAUGUGGGCCUGGUGAAAUGGAGAACUGCACAACAGCACUAAUCCAGACAGAGAACAGUCCACGUGUGGCUCAAGUUGGGAUAACUAGAUGCAAGCCUGAAAUGAAGGACUACUGCUUCCACGGACAGUGUGUGUACAUAGUGGACUUGGAUGAGCACUACUGCAGGUGUGAUGUAGGUUUCUCUGGUGUCCGGUGUGUGCAUUCAGAACUUGUCAGACAACCCCUCAGUAAGGAGUAUGUGGCACUGACAGUUAUCGUAGUGCUGCUUUUCCUCACCGCCAUCUCUAUUGCAAGCUACUACAUCUGCAGAAGGUACCGAAACAAGAAGAGACAAUCAAACACCAGCGAAUACAAGGAAGUUGGUGCCCUGUAGAAGAAACGGUGGCUCCCUCCCGUGUUUUGUCCAUCUGGAUGGACUCAGUGGCUCCCCAUCUAUUUAAAUGUUAUUUUUAUUAACAAUAUUUACAAUAUUUAUAUCCUUUUAAAAAUUUCAAUCGUUUGGUGAUCCAAUCAGUAUAGGUCAAGCAUUUUAUUUUCAGUGUUUUAUUUUUUUAUUAAAUAAUAUUUCCUAAUGAGAACCUCACCUAAGUGGUUCUGUGGAAUAGAGAUAUAUUUUUAUAAAACCUCAUCUUCUUACUCUGAAGAGUAAUUUUAUAUUUAUUCUUGUGAAUAUGCCUAAACCAAUUCUACUCCUUGAAAUAAAAGUACUAGACGGA